UCUAAGCCGCCAUUAUUCUCCAGCUUGAUAGCAGCUAGCUGUUUGACGAGCCGCUUAAAUAUCAUCCGUAUUUGGAGGAAAAUACUGUUUUUAUCUGAGCAAACUGCAUUUAGAACGCUGUGUAGUCAAGUGGAGACUCAUUCGAAGUUGAAAGUUUUGGGAUAUCUCUAUAUAUUUUUUUUCCUUUCAAGACUCGUGCAUUCAUUUCGGUAUAAAGAUAGACGUGUUGCAGGGCCGCCAUUUUUUUUGUUACUCAAGUCUGGGAGGAGAAGAUAGCCAGCUCGCUAGCUGGUUGGGUCACACGCAGAGAGAAACCUGUUGUGAAAUAUUUCGUGGACUUUAAUGGACGCGGCUGCCUUGUCCGAGUCCUCAGCGUGAUGUAGACGCGUUUCUGGACGUGUUAUGGCGACCGUUUCUCGGUGGUGAGGCGGCUAACUGGCUAACGCGCUAUAUUGUUUGGUAAACUGGGUUAGCUUUACUGACUGCUUUUAACAUUGGUUCGCGGAAGAAGGAACGAAAAAGCGGAACUUGAAUGGCGGAUUCUCGGUUGGUGUCGAGUUUAUAAGAGCGGUUUUAUUGUAUUAAAAAUUAACCGGUGAAACGUUUAGCUCUUGCGUCUUCUGGGUAGAAAAAAAAGAAGCGUAGCUUUAGCAAUGCAACAAAGUUAGUGUGGGUCGCAGCCUGUCAGGUUUCGGAUCAGAGCGGUGCAACUGAAACCUCGCUUGGUUUUAAUUUAUUGCAUAUUAGUAGCAUUUAUCGAUCAGUUCGAGCUUAUUUAUUUGAGUGCAGUCAUGUCGUCAGCGCGGUUCGAUUCAGCCGACCGGAAUAGUUGGUAUUUCGGCGGUCUGUCCCGGCAGGAGACUCAGAGCCGGUUACAGGGACAGAGACACGGCAUGUUCCUGGUUCGAGACUCGUCCACAUGUCCCGGAGACUACGUGCUGUCCGUGUCCGAGAACUCCAAAGUGUCCCACUAUAUCAUUAACUCAUUACCCACCAAGAGGUUCAAAAUCGGUGACCAGGAGUUUGAGAACCUGCCAGCGCUUUUAGAGUUCUACAAGAUCCACUACCUGGACACGACCACACUGAUCGAACCUGCUCCCAGGUUCCCCAGCACGACUUUAACUGGCGGCCCUGUUCAGCCCAUUGGCGGCCUCGGUGAUGAGAAUCUGGAGUAUGUGCGGACUCUUUAUGACUUCACUGGCAGUGACGCUGAAGAUCUUCCUUUCAAGAAGGGCGAGAUCCUGAUUAUCCUGGACAAGCCUGAGGAGCAAUGGUGGAGCGCAAAGAGCAAGGAGGGCCGUGUUGGAAUGAUCCCUGUCCCCUAUGUAGAAAAGAUAGUUAGGCCAUUGCCUCACACUGGGACGGCUGGCCACGGUUCACGCAUCUCAAACAGCUACGGCAUCCCCGAGCCUGCACAUGCUUACGCUCAGCCUCAGACGCCAUCGCCCCUGCCUCCCGGCACACCCGGUGCUGUCAUCAACCCGCUACCCUCCAUGCAGAAUGGGCCUGUCAUGGCCAGAGCCAUUCAGAAACGAGUCCCUUGUGCAUAUGACAAGACUGCCUUAGCACUAGAGGUGGGUGACAUUGUGAAGGUGACCCGGAUGAACAUCAGCGGUCAGUGGGAAGGCGAAGUGAACGGCAGGAGAGGCUUGUUUCCUUUCACCCAUGUUAAAAUAUUGGAUUCCCAAAACCCGGAUGAGAGCGAAUAACGUGGGCGGUGCCCCAUCAGCGCACUUCUCGACCUGCUGGCUGUCCUGCCGUCGUCACCACCAGAAUCGCACUUGCCUGCUUGAGGCUCUACCACAGAGCGCAUCUCUCAAGCGAACCAUUUGCGUGGCUUCUGACUGUUUACAGCUCCAAACUCAUAGUUCCUAAUCCCUUUUUGCUGGUAUAAAUUCCCAAAUUGGUGGGUUUUUUUUUUUGGGGUCUGCUCGACUGUCCUUGUGCCAAGGUGAGGUGCGAGUACUCUGGCUUGUCACGCCUAGUCUUUCUCGCCUGUCUUUGUCUUAUUCCCCCUACCCCCACAUUGACUAAGACUGUCUCACUGAAAAAGCAAGUUUUCAAAAUGACAAGCGGAUUAAAAUAAAACUGCUCGUCUUGCCUCACCCCCUUCCCCUUCCCCUAGUGAGACUGACUGCUUGCUCCCUUGCUCUGUGUGUGUGUGUGUGUGUGUGUGUGUGUGUGUGUGUGUGUGUGUGUGAGUGAGAGAGAGAGAUAUGUAAGCAGUCCUAAUCGACCCUGAUUGAGGCUUCAGUCUCUCCCUGGUAGGUUUCUUUAGAGUGCCGAGCAACAUAUGAAUUUAUUAUUAAUUCAUGAUGCAUCUCAGAAGCAGACUUUUGUGUGAAACUAGUCUCCAGCUGUAGCCUUUUUUGAUUUGUGCCAUGAUAAUGCACAAUGUGUAAAUAUCAGGUGUAGUGUGUGAGAAAUGGUUGUGGCUUUAGAACAGUGAAAAUAGGUUACUCUGGGAGGCUUCUUCAGUCCACUUCUGAUUAAUCCCAGUGAUAUGAGGUGUUAGGUUUGCGCCUGAUCUGUACUUUUUUUUUUUCUCGUACUGAUGUGAGCAGGAGUGUUUGCACACGGCAUCAUGAGGAAGCAUGCUUUGCUGGUUGGAUUUGGUCUGUGAUUUAAUGCUGCUCUCUGCUUUGCUUUUGUUUCCACUGAGCUCAACCCGUGUUGUCAUUUAGCUGAUUUUUGCACAUUGGCAGUUAUCAUUUGUAAAUGAUUUAGUGUUAGUAGCGUUCAGACUCGGGUUCUUUUUUUUUUUCCCCCUUUCAAUAAAGCUAUUCAAUGAAUCAGUCAUUUACUGUGUGUUUAUAAUGAACUGUAGUUAAAAAAAAACAAAAAAAAACGGAUUUUCUAAAAAAGGGAUAAAAAUGCCUGCCGGUUGCCUGUGCGCAUGAUCUGACCAAGAGUGCUGUUCCUCCUGAGCCUGCGUUCACAUGCCGUUCCUGCCUUGAUCUGACAUGGUUUCACUGUUAACGCCUAGCGAGUGGAGCUCGACAUGACUCCUGCGUUGUAUUUGCAAUUACAAAUCUUAAUGUGCCAGCUUUCACACUUUAACACCUUUUACAGGAUGUUCACUUUCUAAUCUCACACAUGAGCUGUACAGCCAAAAUUGAUAUUGCACAGUAUACAUCAUGAUACUGUUUUGUGCCAUUAAAACAAUAGAUGAUUGCUAAAAUGUCUUUGUACGAUUCAGUCUGUUACUCAUCACAGUGAGUAAUGAUGCAGUUAUUUAUAUUUAAAAAAAAAACCCUGACAACUCAUGAAUACUUAAGCGUAUCGUGUUUAAAAACCGUGACGUUUCCAACCCGACAGUCUGCGGUGCUUCUCUAAGCAGCUUUUAAGUUUUAUUUUACUGUACAACUAAAGUGAAAUUACAAUAAUAGUCCCCUACCACUUCCUCAGGAUGGAUAGUAUUGUUACAUUGGUGGAAAAAUCUUAAGCAAGUUGCAUUGUCAUGUUUGCUGCUUGUCAGUCUGUAUGUGUCUCAUUCCUGUUAAGCGUGCUCAUCACAGUGGUCUUUGGUUCAGGUUGCUUUAUUGCAUUACAUUGUUGGUAAAGUCCUUCCCACACCAUGUAGCGCGUAGGGCGGCGCCGAUCUCGGUUUCCGUAGCCCUCGGCCUCUCGCCUAUUACAUAGCUAGGGUUACAGUUUGGGGGGGGUAACCGCGAAAGUUUGACUCCCCACUUGCAUCUGUAUUGCAGCGUGCCUUGGUAUGACCUGAUCAAGAGGCGGACACGCUAACCACUAGGCCAACUCGCGGUCGAACACUGCUGUUAGCGUGACCCCAAAAAUCCAUUAUGAAGUGAUGGUGACCUGAGGUCAUGAAUUUUCUGUGGAGCUUUGUGACAUACAGCCACAAGUUUAAAGAAAAAAAAAAAGGGUUUAUAUUAGCCUGGGCCCGCCCAUCCUAAGCGUGACGCAACACGAGGGCCUGUUGCGAGCUUAGUCUGGCCAGGCAAGCUAUCUACAGCUCUUCCAAGCUCCCGAAAAAUCGGGAACCAAUCAACUUUGAGCAUCUCUAACGGCCCUGGGUAGAGGUGUGUUCAAGGCAGUGACGUAGUAGAACUGCGACCGGAAGCCAUAGAUUGUUUACAGAAUCUAUGCCGGAAGCGCUUCAUUCACUAGAAACAUUACGAACAUGGAGCAAGUUCUCAUUGAAAACGGAGCAAAGAGCAGCCCUGGAGGUAUUUAUUGAAAGGAAGGACGUUUUCGCCUUGCUCCCGACCGGCUUCGGUAAGAGUUUAAUAAUAGGAUGUCUAUGGUUUAAUCUACCCGUUAGCCCCGUCGCGUCACAUACGUCAGAGGAAAGAGUGAUGUGAUUGGUUUAAGCUUCGUCACAGCCUUUUCUGGCUUCGACCAGUAGCAAACUGAGGCAUUUCAGGGAGGCGGGUCAACCACGGGCUCUGGGAAACGGUUGGGCUUAAUAUCUUGGCCAGACCAAUAGCUCGGAGAGCUUUGCAGUCGCGUUAGCCAGACUAGGUUUAUAUACUUAAUAAAUCAGUGAAUGACUGCCAAGGUAACUCUACAAAUUCAAAUGAUCAGCUAAAUUCCUCAUACCAGUUCUACCGGUUUCCUUUUAGACCCCCCAAAAAGUUUCUCCUCCUUUUAUUGUAAACUGUAUAAACCACAUGUUUGUAAACAUGGUCUUGGUUUGUUUAUUCAAAUCUUCAUGUUUGACUGAAAAAUUUCUAACCAGUCCACAAAAGGCUGGAGUAGUGAUAGGGUGUACUCACAUGAGGUGAUUUGUACUGCACGUGAGCGUGUUUGACGCCAAAAGUCUGACUAGUGUGAUACUGUGUACUGCGCUCGGGUGCGGUUCACUUGGACCGCUCUGAAAAGGUGCGUUCGGGAAAGGUUCAGUUGGGCUCGUACAGUAAAGUGUGAUCGCUAAUCGCGUAGAAAUCAAAUGCUGUAACAUGCACUUUUCAAUUCAGUGGCGAAUAUCUGGGUUAACAAGGAGUCUGAUUUCUCGUUUUAUCGAUGAACAUGCAUUGUUGUCGCCGCAUCAUGACAUGAGCGCAAUCAGGACCGGAGCACGCGAUGCGGCGGAGCGGGGAGUGGUACAAGGCAAUCGGUUCUAGUGAGAGUACGCCCUUGGCGUGAAUGCAGGAUCAGGUCUUCUGUUGCUUUGCCACUUUUUCUUUUCUCAACUCUGACCUUAUUUUUGAGUGAUUUUGGUGAAUUAAACCACAUUUUUUUUUUUUUGCUCUUCAAGAAACCGUUUUAGGCUAAUCUAUUUCAGAAGUGUUCAAAUAAUUUAAGUUUUCCAAAUGUUUAUUUUAUAGUUACAGUAUUACUGGUUUUUUUGUUUGUUUUUUGCAUAUGUAGGUACCCUUAUGGUGUCUGUAGUACAAAAAAUGGAAAUGUGCCUUUUUAUUUUCUUUGACCAUUUUCAUGUGUUAAUAUUUGCCCAUCCGUAACAUCCAUGCUGAUAUGAUCCAUCGUGUACAGAGUGAGGAAAUAAAAUUUACUUCUCUUAA